AUGUCAAUUAAAUUAUUUGUUGGUCAAAUCCCAAAGUCAUUCAAUGAAGACAAUCUAAAAUCAAUGUUUGCUGAUUAUGAAGGCAGUAUUCAAGAGAUAUCUGUCAUUCGUAACAAACAGACGAACGAACCACAAGGUUGUGCAUUCGUUACUCUCUCCAGCAAAGACGAUGCCGAGAAGGCAAUUCAAACACUUCACAGCAGCAAGAAGUUCCCAGGUGUAUCAAACAGUUUACAAGUUAAAUAUGCUGAUAGUGAACAAGAGAAACAAUCAACAAAAUUAUUUGUCGGAAUGUUACCACGUACUUACCAAGAGGAUGACAUCAAGACAUUGUUUGCCGACUACGGAGAGGUCGAAGAUAUCUGCCUGUUGAGAGGAAACAACAAUGAGAGCAAAGGUUGUGGUUUCAUUAGAUUCCAAAAUAGAGAGAGUUGUCUCAGUGCUAUAUCUGCAUUGAACGGUAUCAAUUUACCUCCAAGUCCAAACAACUUGGUUGUAAAGUUUGCAGAUACCGAAAAAGAUAAAAAGAAGAAACAAAAAAUGCAACAACUCCAAGGUGGUGGUAAUAAUAAUAAUAAUAAUAUGAGAUCUAACCAAUCUUCACACAACCAGUCACAACAACAGCAACAACAUCAGAUGAAUGUACCAAAGAUGAACAACCAACCAAUGUUUAUGAGUCCAUACAAUAUAAAUCCAAAUAUUCCAAACUUUAACUUUAUGCCCAAUACACCUUCACCUUCUUUAUUAGGUACACCACCAAUGUUGGGUGAUGGUAUCUAUGAUCUCUAUUCACAGUCAUUCGAUCCAAUGGGUGGUGCCGGUGUUGGAAUGAUGGGUAUGAACGGAAUGGGUAUGAAUUCAAUGGGAGGAAUGAUGAACAUGGGUAUGAAACCAGGUGUUGCUGGUACUGCCGGUGCCAACAGAAAUAUAAACAAUAACGGAAUGGGUGGAUUCCAACCAUCGUACAACAAUGGACGUGGACAAAACAACAAUGGUGGCGGUAUCAUGAACAAUAUGUACGGAGGUGGCGGUGCCGGAAUGUCUGGCAGCCCGGGAUCGGCAUCUGGUUCCAGCGGUGGUAGAAUGAGAGGUAAGCAACAACAACAAUCGGGACCAGCCGGAUCGAACCUCUUUGUCUACAACAUUCCAAACUACUACAACGAUUCCGACAUGUUCAAUCUCUUCAGCCCAUACGGUCAUGUCGUCAGCUCGAAGGUCUACACCGACAAAUCCACAGGUUUAAGCAAAGGUUUCGGUUUUGUUAGUUACGAUAAUUCGAUCGCUGCAAAUUCAGCCAUUGCCAAUCUCAAUGGUACAACCAUGAAUGUAAAUCGUGGUCGUCUCGUCUCGUCUCAUCUUAGUAGUAGUAGUAGUCAAGAAACAAAUCAUUGUAUUAAAUUAAUAUCUAUUCUUUAUAUUUAUUCAAUUGUUGUUUCUCAACCUGUUAAUAUUAUUUCAUCAUAUAAAGAUCUAAUGUUAUUGUUUUUAGAAUUCAAACAAACGAAAUCAAAAGAAAGAAAGCAAAUUGCAUUAUUGUUAGUUUGUUAG